AUGAUGUUCAAUAUCAAUAACGGGACAGGCCAGUUCACCGUUGUCAACGGUUCACGUGUCUUCCAGCAACCACCGAGGGCCGAAGCGAGGGCGAACGACGACAUCAUCCCCGCAGAUAAAGUCAUAGCUAUUAUGGGACUUACCGGAGUAGGGAAAAGCACCUUUAUCAACAUUGCCGCUGGGUCCAACACAGUCGUAGUCGGUCACGCCCUCAACUCGUCCUCGAAAGAAGUCCAAGCCGUCGAAAUUGACUACCAAGGGCAGAGGGUGGUCCUAGUGGACACUCCUGGCUUCGACGAUACGGAUAUGUCUGAUACGGAGGUCCUGAAUAUCAUAGCCAAUUGGUUAAAAACCACGUACCGUAACAAAGUCAAAUUAACAGGGAUUAUAUACAUGCACCGCAUCUCCGAUAAUCGCAUGGCCGGGACACCAAUGAGAAAUCUCAAACUGUUCGCUAAGCUAUGUGGUACCGCCGCCGCCGAAGGCGUGGUCAUGACCACUACCAUGUGGGACACCGUCGAGGCGGAAGCUGGCAGAGGUAGAGAGCAGGAGCUUCGGAACAUUUACUGGAAGGGCAUCUUGGACUACAAGGCGCGAAUGGAACGCUUCGACUCCAGGGAGGGGCAGACAGCUGCCUGGAACAUAAUACGCCAAAUGUGUAAUCGACCGCCCCCCGCGCCGCUCCUGAUCCAAGAAGAGAUGGUCACUCUGAGGAGAGAGCUAUGCGAAACGACAGCAGGCGCGGAGCUUUACUGCGAACUUCUGAAGGUUGUCAAGAAAAAGAGGGCGGUGAUGGAGCGGCUAUCCAGGAAGGUAGCAGAGGACGACGACGUCGAUUUGAGAAGAGCGCUCAGGGAUGAGCUCCACCAGCUGGACGCGGAAGUCAAGAUGUUAAUCAACCAAGUUAAUUCGCUUAAGGUACCACUAAGCAAGCGCCUGAGGAGGAUGUUCUGCUUCGGUAAAGUUCAGACCGGUCCGAUUCCUAUGUCUUAA